CGCGCACCCCAUCGUCCGACGAUGAGCUCCGCUCUCGCCUCCGCGGCCUUCACGGUCCGCGCGGCCCCCACUCGUGCCACCGCGCGCACCACCGCGCGCGCGUCCCUCGUCGCCAAGGCCCCCGCCGGCCUCAGGGCGACGCUCCCGGCCCGACUGAGCAAAUCCGCCGGCGUCUCCGUGUCCCGCCGCGGCGUCGUGACCAGGGCCGACGGCGCCGCGACCCGCGACGUCUCCGUGAAGACCAACACCGAUAACCUGAUCAUCGACCCCGUGGUCGGCGCCAAGCGCUUCAGCAACUACUUCUGGGCCGGCGUCGUCUCCAUCGGCGCCACCGGCUUCCUCAUCACCGGCGCGUCCUCGUACUUUGAGCACAACCUGCUCUUCUUCCUCGACGCGUCCGAGAUCAAGUUCUUUCCCCAGGGCCUGGUGAUGAGCUUCUACGGCGUCGCGGGCUCCCUCCUCGCCACCUACCUCUGGCUCACCAUCAACUGGGACGUUGGAGCGGGGUACAACGAGUUCAACAAGGACGAGGGCAUCAUGCGCAUCUUCCGCUACGGCUUCCCCGGCAAGAACAGGCGCAUCAACCUCGUGACGCCGCUGCAGGACAUCCAGGCCGUGAGGGUGGAGAUCGCGGACGGCGUCAACCCCAGGCGCGUGGUUUACGUGAGGUGCAAGAACAAGAGCGACAUUCCCCUCACCCGCAUCGGCCAGCCCCUCACCCUGGCGGAGGUUGAGAAGCAGGCGGCGGAUCUCGCCAAGUUUCUCCAGGUUCCCAUCGAGGGCCUGUAAACUUGGGUCGUCUCCGGCUUGGGAGAGGUUGGGAAGAGGCGCGGCGCGGCAUUAUUAAACGCUAUAGCACUAUCAUACAUCGAGAUACAGUAGUUUA